AUGAGGGCUGUCAUACAGCCCGACAAAGCUUCUCAUAAAUUGACACUCAGCGAGCAGCCCAUACCUGUGCCGCAUCAUCCAGACGACGUACUUAUCCGCGUCCAAGCGACCUCUCCCUGCUCGGGUGAGCUUGACUGGGCACUCUGGGCGCCCGACUUCGUCGGUGACAAAGUUCCUAUCCCUGGCCAAGACAUGGCUGGAACCGUGGUUUCUGCGCCUGAGUCUAGUAAGUUCAGUGCCGGCGAUGAAGUCUACUGCCGCAUCACAGCCAACCGCCCUGGCGCUGCCGCCGAGUACACACUGGCUCGUGUGAGCGAGUUGGCGCUCAAGCCAAAGAAUCAGAGCUGGACUGAGGCUGCGGCAACGCCCCUCAGUGCUUUGACCGCCUACCAGGCGCUGUUCGUGCAAGGUAAUCUGGACGUGGAGGCUUUGAAGGGGGAGGAGAAGGCGCGAAGAAGCAAUGGUGAGAAAAGGGUCCUAAUCACAGCUGCCGCAGGCAGUGUGGGUAGUUGGGCCGUGCAACUCGCCAAGUUGGCUGGUGCGGGUGCUAUCGUUGCGGUUAAUGGGACGAAUAAUGUGGAAUUUGUUCGUCGACUAGGUGCUACGGAGGUCGUGGACUACCAUAAACAGAAUGUGGCGGAAUGGGCGAGCCAAGAUAUCGCGGAAAGACAAGUUGAUCUUGUUGUUGACUGUGUUGGUGGGCAGACAUUGGCUCACUGCUGGAUUGCCGUCAAGGAAGAUGGAAGAUUCAUUAGUAUCUGUGGCCAGCCUGAAGAGAGCAAGCCAGCAGGCGUGGAGAAGAAGGAUGUGCAUGCUUUAUGGUUUGUGAUGGAAAGUCUUGGUAAGAACUUGGACAUGGUCACGGAGCUGAUCGAAGACGGCAGGGCUCGGCCGGUCAUUGAUAGCGUGGUCGAGUUCAAGGAUUUCGAGCAAGCUUGGGAAAAGGUCGAGUCGAGGCACGCCAGAGGGAAGGUUGUGUUGAAAGUGGCUUGA